AAUCGGUCAACUCGCGGAUUCAAUUGCUGGACCUGGACGCUUCGUUUUGCCAGCGAAAGUAAGCUUACUUUCCCCAAGGCGACCUGCAAAUUUCGAAUCCCGUUUCCAAGAUUUCGCCAUUUUUUCGCAGUGAAUAGACGCAUCAGGAAAUUGGGUGUCUUCGAUUGGAUGAAAUUCAGAAUCCCUAUCAGCCAUUCUCGUUUCUUUUUCUGAUUUCCGCAAGAAAUUAUUUUCAGGGAAAAAAAAUGGCUUCUAAUCCCUCUCUUUUGCCCGAAAUUGGUCCUGAUGGCCUUGCAAUGGAAUCCCCUGUAAUUGCCUACACUGAAAAGAUAAUCGAGGAAGAGCAACUUCAAUUGAGAAAAUAUAUUGAAGAGAAUUAUUCUAAAAUUCGAGAUGUUGAACGGGAGUUGGCAAAUCUUACAAUGGAGAUGAAACUCACAUCUGGGCCCAAAAAAGCAGCACUUGAACUUUUGCGGAAGAAAAUAGAAAUGGCAACAGAGAGAAUACGUGCAGCCAAGUUGAAAGAAGAACAAGCAAAGCAGGCUUGGGAAGCAGCAUCAAAAGUAGUGCAGGACGAGGAACAGAUUAAGCAAAAGCUGUGUGAAGACUUGAAUCAUCUGGUUCAAGAAAGCAGUAAUUCGCAAUUGACAAGGCUGGAAGAACUUAAACGGCGUAUGGAAGCUUUGAAUCCAGGUCGAGUAUCGACCUCUGUUUCUUAUGAUGGGAAAACAGUGGGAGGAGCACAGAAUAGCAGAGUUUCAGAUUCUUCUGGAGGUCCUACAUCAACAGAAACAGGUGUAAGAGCAAGAGCAAAUGAAAGUGCCCCUAAUCAGGGAACAACCAGUGGUGGUGCUCCUCCAGUGAUGAAUGGGCAAAAUCAAAAGCCCCCUUCUGAGGGAGAAGGGAGAGGGAAAAAGAAAAAUCAGCUCCAUGGAAGAGGGAAGGGAAUUGGGGCAGUGCCUAAAGGAAGAAGCUCUACUGACUCUGGUUGGACUGGCUCUGGGUUUGAUGUGGAUGGUAGAGUGUGAGCUGGGCUUAACCACACUAUAAUAUCAAGUUUCAAAUCUGUCAAUAUCAAUAUUCAAUCAACAGUCAAGAUAUGGUUCUUUUAUUAAAGGAAAGUUCUGUUGGUAUUUUGUUAUAGGCUGGAAUGGAAACUUUACUGUUAGCCCCAAGUUCUAGUAAUUACAUUUUUGUGUUUUGAUAAUGUUUCUGUCUUGUCACUAACUUACCUGUUAACUGUUGAUUCUUCCAAAGUUCCA